AGGUGCGCCGUGAUGGAGGCUGCAGUGGGGAACGUGAGGAGGGAGAAGAGGAGUAAAAAAGAGCUGAAAGUUCAGCGGAGAGAAAGAAAAACACAGCAGACUCUGCUCAGACACGCAGGACUCAGCACCUCACAGCAGCCCACUCAGAAUCUGGUGGUGUCUAACGGAGGUUUGGGGAACGGAGUGAGCAGAGAGCUGCUGCUGGAGGUCCUUAAGGAAGGGGGCACUGUAGAGUCUCUCCUCAUGCCUCCUAAUAAACCGUACGCUUACGUCACGUACGCGUCAGUGGAGGACGGUCAGAGCGCCCACCGGCUGCUGAACGGGCGAGUGCUGAGGAGUCAGGGUCAGGAGGUCACGCUGUACUUCAGCUACGUUGAAAAAGUGGACAGUGAGGUCAGCGGUGUUUCUCCUCUUCCUCCUGGUCUCUCUGUGUUGGAGGAGUUUGUAUCUGUGGAAGAAGAGGCUGAGCUGCUGCAGGCUGUUGACUGGACGUCCCACACUGAGGAGCUGACAGCGCAGAAAGAACUGAAACACAGGAGAGUGAAGCAUUAUGGGUACGAGUUUCGGUAUGAUAACAACAACGUGGACAAAGACAAACCUUUACCUGGAGGUUUACCGCCAGAGUGUGGCGCUGUGCUGCAGAAGUGUCUCUCUGAAGGACACAUCAGCGUUCUUCCUGACCAGCUAACGGUCAACCAGUACCAGAGUGGACAGGGAAUCCCGCCCCAUGUGGACACUCACUCGCCGUUUGAAGACACCAUCCUCUCGCUCAGUCUGGGUGCAAAGACUGUAAUGGAUUUCCGCCACCCAGAUGGGCGCUCGGUUGCCGUGGUGUUGCCGAGUCGGAGUCUCCUGGUGAUGAAGGGAGAGAGCCGCUACCUCUGGACUCACGGUAUAACGCCUCGGAAGUUUGAUGUGGUUCCUGCUUCAGAGGCCGAGGGGUCAGGAGUUGUAACCUCUGACCCCAGCAACCUGACCCUGAGCCGCCGGGGGAUGAGGACAUCGUUUACCUUCCGCAAAAUCCGACACACACCCUGCGACUGCGCGUACCCCUCCAUGUGCGAUAGUCAGCGCCCCCCCUCCCCUCCCUCUCUUCCGGUUGCCGAUAGCGAUGCGUGUCGUUUGGAGGCGCAGUAUGUUCACCAUGUCUAUGAGGAAAUCUCCACCCACUUCAGCAGCACGCGUCACGCCCCCUGGCCGAGAGUCCGAGACUUCCUGCUCUCUCUGCGGCCGGGAGACACGCUGGCAGACAUCGGCUGUGGAAACGGAAAAUACCUCGGCAUCAACCCUCAGAUUGUAACGGUGGGCUGUGACCGCAGUGUGAAUCUGGUGGGGAUCUGUGCCGAGCGUGGGUUCCAGGCGUUUGUGUCUGACGCCCUUAACGUUCCACUCCGGAGCUCCAGCUUUGACGCCUGCAUCUCCAUCGCCGUCAUCCACCACUUCUCCACAAAGGAGCGAAGACUGGCGGCUGUUGAAGAGCUGGUGCGGCUGCUGAAGGUCGGGGGUCGAGCGCUGAUCUACGUAUGGGCCAAAGAGCAGGAGUACAACAAACAGAAAUCCAAAUACCUGAAGACUAACAAGAACGAGGAGAACACGGAAGAGGGCUCUAGAACAGAGGAGAGGAAACCUGUACAGGAGAACAGAGACUGUAAUGUCUCUGGUUUGGAAGAACAGCCUGCUGAGAAAGUGAGUCAAACCAAGCUGAGCAUCCACACCAACCGCACAGCGUUCGCCUCUCAGGACCUGCUGGUUCCGUGGCACCUUAAAAGUGGAAAGAACGGUGGUGUUGAAGCCGCCUGUGGGAGUGAAGACAGAGCAGCAGCCACGUCCAGUCAAGACCGAGUAUUUCACCGUUAUUACCACGUGUUCCAGCAGGGGGAGCUGGAGGAGGUGUGCUGUUUAGUGAAGAGCGUGAAGGUGCGGGAGAGCUAUCACGAUCAGGGGAACUGGUGCGUUGUGCUGGAGAAAACACAGUGACUUCUAGCAAAUGCUUUUAAUUGGAUAACUUAAUAAAACGUUUUAAUUGA